AUUAUCAUAGUUCUCAUUGAAGUGGUGAAAACAAGUAUUAUAACUUGUGCCAUACACAAUGAAGACCAUCGUAGCUCUAUUAGCCCUCGUGGCUCUAGCUGUGGCUGCUCCCUUGCCCCUCGUGCAGAUCAUCGUUAAUAUCGAUGCUCCUGCGAAACCCUCACUCCCACUCCCCGAGCCCUCACCCCUACCAGAACCUGAAUUUCCCGAACCCGAGCCACAGCCAGAGCCUGAACCCGAGCCCGAGGUGCCCGAACCCGAGCCCCAGCCUGAGCCUGAACCCGAGCCAGAGGUCCCCGAACCCGAGCCUCAGCCUGAGCCCGAGCCCCAGCCAGAGCCUGAACCCGAGCCAGAGGUCCCCGAACCCGAGCCCCAGCCAGAACCUGAACCCGAGCCAGAGGUCCCCGAACCCGAGCCCCAGCCGGAGCCUGAACCCGAGCCAGAGGUCCCCGAACCCGAGCCCCAGCCGGAGCCUGAACCCGAGCCAGAGGUCCCCGAACCCGAGCCCCAGCCAGAGCCUGAACCCGAGCCAGAGGUCCCCGAACCCGAGCCCCAGCCAGAACCUGAACCCGAGCCAGAGGUCCCCGAACCCGAGCCCCAGCCGGAGCCUGAACCCGAGCCAGAGAUGCCCGAACCCGAGCCCCAGCCAGAGCCUGAACCCGAGCCAGAGGUCCCCGAACCCAAGCCUCAGCCUGAGCCUGAACCCGAGCCAGAGGUCCCCGAACCCGAGCCCCAGCCUGAGCCUGAACCCGAGCCAGAGGUGCCCGAACCCGAGCCCCAGCCAGAGCCUGAACCCGAGCCAGAGGUGCCGGAACCCGGGCCCCAGCCAGAGCCUGAACCCGAGCCAGAGGUCAACGAACCCGAGCCCCAGCCAGAGCCGGAACCCGAGCCAGAGGUGCCUGAACCCGAGCCUCAGCCAGAGCCUGAACCCGAGCCAGAGGUGCCCGAACCCGGGCCCCAGCCAGAGCCUGAACCCGAGCCAGAGUUGCCCGAACCCGAGCCCCAGCCUGAGCCUGAACCCGAGCCAGAGGUGCCGGAACCCGAGCCCCAGCCAGAGCCUGAACCCGAGCCAGAGGUGCCGGAACCCGAGCCCCAGCCUGAGCCUGAACCCGAGCCAGAGGUCCCCGAACCCGAGCCCCAGCCUGAGCCUGAAUCCGAGCCAGAGGUGCCUGAACCCGAGCCAGAGGUCCCCGAACCCGAGCCGCAGCCAGAGCCUGAACCCGAGCCAGAGGUCCCCGAACCCGAGUCCCAGCCGGAACCUGAACCCGAGCCAGAGGUCCCCGAACCCGAGCCCCAGCCAGAGCCUGAACCCGAGCCAGAGGUCCCCGAACCCGAGCCCCAGCCGGAACCUGAACCCGAGCCAGAGGUCCCUGAACCCGAGCCGCAGCCAGAGCCUGAACCCGAGCCAGAGGUCCCCGAACCCGAGCCGCAGCCGGAACCUGAACCCGAACCAGAGGUCCCCGAACCCGAGCCCCAGCCGGAACCUGAACCCGAGCCAGAGAUCCCCGAACCCGAGCCCCAGCCAGAGCCUGAACCCGAGCCAGAGGUCCCCGAACCCGAACAUGAGGUCCCAGAACCCGAGCCCCAGCCUGAGCCUGAACCCGAGCCAGAGGUCCCCGAACCCGAACCUGAGGUCUCUGAACCCGAGCCCCAGCCGGAGCCUGAACCCGAGCCAGAGGUCCCCGAACCCGAGCCCCAGCCAGAGCCUGAACCCGAGCCAGAGGUCCCCGAACCCGAGCCCCAGCCGGAGCUUGAACCCGAGCCAGAGGUCCCCGAACCCGAGCCCCAGCCAGAGCCUGAACCCGAGCUAGAGAUCCCCGAACCCGAGCCUCAGCCUGCGCUUGAAGACUAAUAACUUACUUAAACUAAGCCAAUAAAUUAUGAGCAUCUUUUUCUAA